AUGGCACGCGAGCUCGCCGAAUCCAACCGGCGAGGCUUAACUUCCUCGCGCCCUUCACGUAAUGAGGCCGUGAAGAUGGAAACCUCCUCCUACUCUGGAGAAGGUAAGGACCGGUUGUCGCUAAAUCGAUGGUUCCGAGAAGUUAAUAUCGCCAUCCCCUCGAGACUUCUUGAGGCUCCCCAGGCGAAGGUCAACUUUCUUCUUUCCCGCCUCACCGGGAAGGCCAAGGAGUGA